AUGUUACUUCUGUUUCAAAUAUCGCUGCUAUUGUUCCUGAUAACAGAAAUCGGUACAGUAGGAAUUGGAAAAGCAUGGCAAAUUCUUCCAUACACAACUGAUUACUGGAAUCAUCCAUCAUGGCCGCGACUCGAUUCUUCUGCGUUCGAAGUUCGCAGCGUGAGUGGUGUCGGUCAUCUUAAUCCUUCAGAAACAACUCAAAAGGAACUAAAACUUGACCAAUCAAAAUCCAUCCAGCCCAAUAUUAUUCCGUUAUCAAAAUCAAACAUUUUAUUCAGCCAAAAGUAUUUCAAUCAAUUCGAAAAAAAUUUUGAAGAUUCUUCCUAUGAUCAAUACGAAAACCAAAACCUAAUGAAUGAUGCAGCGGAAGAUAAGAUAUUUAAAGCAGGAAUUGCAAUGACUAUUUUAGAUCCAAAAGACAAUAAAGAUUUAUUAAAGAAUACUGCAGAUGAGACAAGAAAAAUUGUACCAAGGAUUCGUCGUGACACAGAAAAUGAAACGAAGAUGGAACAAAUAUCUACUAGUAAAAAUGUUCGAGAGAUACGUUUAAAUUCUCCAGAUGAUUGGUCCACUCAACCAUUGUCCAUACAGUUUCCCCAUAGAUCUAGUUUAGAUCAAAUGAUUCAGCAAACAAUGGAUGACGAAGAAUUACCAAGUGCAAGGAGUUAUCAUACUCCACGAGCUGAUUUUAUAACAAGUCACCAUAGAAGAAGUUAUGAACAUAGAGAAGCUCGAGAUAUGCCUAUCACUAGAGCCUACGAUGAUUAUGAUGUUCCAUGGUACAGGAGUACCACCAUCAGGGAACGAGAUUAUGAACCUCUAAGUUAUCGUCGUGGAUAUAAUUAUUAUUAUCCUGAUCGAUAUAGAAUGGAAAGAGAUUAUUAUAUGCGAGUUCCCCCCAAUGAUUAUUCUUAUUAUUAUGAUCGGUAUAGGGACGAGGAUUUAGAUCUUUAUGGUCGUAGCAGACCCACGCCCAAGCCCAAGAGGAUUAUCUACUAUGCAACAUUGCCGGAAAUAGUAAGGAAACCUGUAGAUCUGAGAAAUUACCCUAGACCAUAUGAUGGAACUAGGACAGGACCAGUUUCUAGGGAUGGAAAUUAUAAACGUAUUCCAGGGAAUGUAGAUCCUAGUAGAUAUCGAUAUAGACACGCGUAUGAUGGUUAUGAUAAUUAUUCAAAGAGAUCGAGCUUUGUAGAUAGGCCUUAUCCAUAUCCCGAAGAGGAAAGUCGCCGCAAGAUGGCGUUAGAAAAUCUUCGAAAUAGCGAUCCAUUUGAUCAAAAUAAUGAUAGAAAAUUGGCGAAUCAGAUUACAGUAAGAAAUGAAGGAAAGUUACCCUGGCCAGUGCAAAUUGGAACGGAAGUGAGUGUAAAAGAUGACGAGAGAAUCUCUGGAAGAAAGAUUUUUGGAGAAAAUAAUGGAUAUGAUAGAUUCCAGAAUGCGCAGUUACAAAAAGCACCAGAUGCAACUGGAUCCAGCGAAUUACAAAGCGAUAAUUGAACGUAACACGUAGUUUUUUUUCUUAGAAAUUAAUGAAUUUUGAAAAGAAUUUUUGGAUACUGUUCUCUUUGAUAUACUGUUAUUUUUUUCUAUUGGUAGAAAAUUGAAUAGAUUUUAUUGUAAAAAUGAAUAUUAAUAUUAAACUUUAAUCGAAUAUAUGAAAAAGUUAAUAUGCAGUAUAAUAUUUAAUUAUAUUAUAGUUUAAUGCAAAAAUAUAAUAAUUGAAAGAUGUUCGUCUUAUAAAUCUCAUGAUUGAUUUAACAUUAAUAUUAUAUAUUGAUAUUUAUAAUUUAUAUAAGUUAUGAAUAUCUUUUGAAAUAAUAUCUCUAUGAUGUAUUGAUUUACAAAUUUUCAGUUAAUUUAUAUUUAUAUGGAUCAUUACUAAAAAUAUUUAUUAUACUAUUUAUAUAAUAUUUUUUACAAAACUCUUUCUAAAAAAAUUUAUUACAUUAAAUUUUUAUUAUCAAAUUUGUAAAGAUAGAGUGUUGAUAAUAGUUUUUAAAUCAUUUUUUAUAUUGACUGAAUCUUUAGAAAAGGCGAACUAUAUUUAUUUUUUAAUAAUAUUGAAAAUAAUGCAUUACAUAUUUUGUUUAUUAAUAUACAGAAAAAUAAUUUUGAAAAAAACAUAUAAUCCCAUAUAAUCCCAUAUAAUCCCAUAUAAUCCCACUUUUCUUUGAUUUUCUUCAUGUCUUUAUUUUCUUUACUGCUUUUUUCAAUAAAAACUUCGAUAAAUCUUUAGAAAAA